AUGAGGGCACAAGCAGACUCCAGCGUAGAGCGUAGAUAGACGUGACCUGAGACAGUCGUAAAGACAUUGCGCAUCAUAUUCACCCGAUAUUAUAAGGGAAACGGUUAAUAUCCUCUGCUAACUAAAUAUCCUCGUUAUUUGAGUGCCAUCGUGAAACAAUGGUGGAACCAACGUACGUAUUAUUUGAUAACAAAGACAGUAUAUCACUGCUACUCAAUGAGUUCGACAAAGAUCUAAAACAUAUAUCUGGAAAAUGUAUGGAUGUCGGUUGUGGACCCGGGAAUAUAACAAAGGAUAUUCUUCUUCCGUUCCUUGAUCCAAAUGUAACAAUGAUUGGUACAGAUAUUAUGGAAAAAGUAGUUGAAUACGCCAACAAAACAUACGGUGAUAAAGAACGACUCAAGUUUGAAGUGCUGGAUAUUCAAACUAAAAAAUUGCCCGAGAAAUACAUCUCAGAAUUUGAUCACAUUUUUUCUUUUUAUACUUUGCAGUGGUGCAGUGACGUUCACCAGACGUUUCGAAAUAUGUACCGUAUGCUUCGACCUGGUAAAACUAUGCUUAUAUUAAGCUUAGCGCAUCAAGCAACUGUAUUUGAAUCAUUGGAAGCUAUAGCGGAAGAUACGCGGUAUUCUGCCUAUAUGGGGAAAAAACAGAAAUAUGUUGGAUCAUUUCAUUAUUCUACCCGACCUCACGAAGAGCUAAAAGAAAUACUUGAAAAUAUUGGAUUUCAAGUUCGUCAUUGCAGUCAUCGAAACAAGAGCGAAUUUCUAAAUUCACAACAGUUUGUAUGUAAGUAUUUGCUCUCAAUAUGCAUGCAAAAAUUAAAUUCUAAACGAGAUUAUUAUUUGAAUCAUAAAUUUUUUAUCAUAUUACUUUUUUUUUAUUCAUUUUAUAAUUUUUUAACUAUAUUGUUUAUUUCUACAGCUAUGGUUACCAUCAAAAGGAAUUGUGUGUGUAUCUACCUUAUCAUAAACAUAUAG